CAAGAAGUUUUGUUUCCUCAAAAUCACUGAUCCCAUGGAAAUCACAACUAUGGCUAACUCAUCAGGACUAAUCAAAAGAGUAGCACUAGUAGUUCUCAUGUCCAUGUUGAUUAUGAGUUUCUACAGUAGAGGGCAAGUGCAAAUGUCUUGUGACCUGCCUUCUUUGUUGGGAGUGGGGGACAAGCUGAUCCUGCUUGCAGCAAAGGAGUCCGGGAUAUCGUCAGCUUGGCAAGAACCAAAGGAUCAACUUGCUUUACUGAGGGUACCUUACAGCUGUUGCUUGGGGAAGCUUUGCAGUGGAAUCUGGAUUGGUGCUGUGGGUUAUAAGAUUCUUCCAAGUGAUUUUUUUCUCUGCUAUCAAUGAAAAAUUGAAGUGAUAAACUUUUAGUAUGCUUUAUGAAUGUUUUGUGGAGCAUAAAUUCCUGAAGAAAAAUUCCGAUUCGUA